AUGCCUGGCACUCUCCGCCGGUCGCAUAACGACUCGAAGGUCGCCAUGAAGUCUCUCAAACCAGAUCUGUACCUCAUCGCAAACGAGGAUACCAUCUACGAACAGGACAUUCUCCGAAACCCCGGAAGCAUUCGACCAUGGCUAACCUACAUCGACUUCAAAAUGCGCAAUGGCACGAUUCACGAACAGGCAUUUGUACAAGAGAGGGCAUGCAUACAACUACCGCGAUCGUACAAGCUGUGGAAAAUGUACCUGGAGUUCCGGAUCAAACACCUCAAAAAGAAAACCCCAGUCAAAUACAGGGCAGAGUUUAACAAAGUCAAUGCCCUGUUUGAAAGGGCGCUCAUUUUGUUGAACAAGAUGCCGGUCAUCUGGGAGAUGUACCUGACCUUCCUCCUGCGACAACCCUAUGUCACCAAAACUCGAAGGACUUUUGACCGGGCGCUCCGGGCUUUGCCUGUGACGCAACACAACAGAAUUUGGAAGCUCUAUAAAUCCUUUGCCAACUCAGCUGGAGGAGAGACCGCGGUUAAGAUAUGGGCUCGCUAUGUCCAAGUGCAUCCAGAGGACAUGGAAGACUACAUCGAACUCCUCGUCGAGACCGGACAUUACCUGGAGGCUGUGAAGAGAUAUAUUCAGAUAUUGAACAACCCCAAGUUCAGGUCAAAGCACAUCAAAAGCGAGUUCCAGCUAUGGAACGAGAUGGUCGAGCUCAUGGUCAACAAGGCUCGAGAAAUCGGUGAUAGCUCGGUCUCUGGGUUCGACCCCGAUACCAUUAUCCGAAGCGGCAUCGAACGAUUUGCCGACCAACGCGGCAAACUGUGGGCAGGCCUUGCAACCUAUUGGAUCACCCGCGGAGAUUUCGAGAUGGCGAGAGACGUUUUCGAGGAGGGGAUUACCACCGUGAUGACGGUGCGUGAUUUUACCAUGAUCUUUGACGCGUAUGUCGAGUUCGAAGAAUCUAUAUUGUCCACUCUCAUGGACGCUGCUUCUGCCCGUGCAGCCAAAGGAAUCGUCGACCCCGACAAGGACUUCGAGCUUGACCUGAAAAUGAUGCGGUUUGAACAUUUGAUGGAUCGCCGACCAUUCCUGGUCAACGACGUCUUGCUACGGCAGAAUCCUAACAACGUGGUCGAAUGGGAGAAGCGGGUUGCUCUGUGGAACGAUAACAAGCGAGAGAUUGUUCAGACAUACACGGAUGCAAUUGCAGCAGUCGCCCCCAAAAAAGCGGUGGGCAGAUUCCACGAACUGUGGCUGAAUUACGCCAAAUUCUAUGAAGAAGCUGGCGAUUUGGACACAGCACGGAUCAUUCUCGACAAAGCGGUCAAAGUGCCAUACAAAUCUGUUGCCGAGCUCGCAGACACGUGGAUUGGUUGGGCUGAGAUGGAGCUGAGGAACGAGAAUUUUGACGGUGCCAUGAAAGUCAUGGCAACUGCCACCAAAGCCCCGAAACGGAGCACGGUCGACUACUUUGAUGAAACCCUCUCGCCGCAGCAGCGCGUGCACAAGUCCUGGAAAGUCUGGUCGUUCUACGUUGACCUUGUCGAAUCGGUGGGUUCCCUGGAUGACACCAGGGCAGUCUAUGACCGCAUCUUCGAACUGCGAAUUGCAACUCCACAAACGGUAGUCAACUAUGCCAACCUCCUCGAAGAGCAUGGCUACUUUGAAGAAUCCUUCAAAGUUUACGAGCGAGGUCUCGACGUGUUCACAUACCCUGUUGCCUUCGAGCUGUGGAACCUCUAUCUCACCAAAGCCGUCACCCGCAAGAUUGGCAUUGAGCGGCUUAGAGACCUGUUCGAGCAAGCCGUAGAACAAUGUCCGCCCCAAUUCGCCAAACCGAUCUAUCUCAUGUACGGCAGCCUAGAGGAAGAGCGAGGGUUGGCCCGUUCGGCAAUGCGAAUCUACGAGCGCGCCACACGUGCCGUGAGCGACGAAGACCGCCUAUCUAUGUUCGAGUUCUACAUCACCAAGUCAGCCACAAACUUUGGGUUAACGUCUACACGCCCCAUCUACGAACGCGCCAUUGCCGCUUUGCCUGAUAAAGAGGCAAAAGUCAUGUGUCUCAAGUUCGCGGAGAUGGAGCGUCGUCUGGGAGAAAUCGAUCGCGCAAGAGCGAUAUAUGGUCAUGCAUCUCAAUUCGCAGAUCCGAGGGUAGACAAAGGGUUCUGGGAGACGUGGGAGAAAUUCGAGGUGGCCCAUGGCAAUGAGGAUACCUUUAAAGAGAUGCUCCGGAUCAAGAGGUCAGUGGCUGCGCAGUUCAACACGGAUGUGGCGUUUAUCGCGAGCCAGGCGGUUGCGAGGGGCCAAGCUGCUGCUACUGUGGCUGCUGGUGGUGAAGCUGAGGGAGCGGCAGCUGAGCGGAGGGAAGGCGAGGUUCAAGAUGCCAUGGCUGCAUUGGAAAGACAGGCGAGGGCACCGGUGGGCUUUGUUGCGGCUAGCACUGGACCUGAGGGCGGGAAUCGAGCACCACCGUCGAAACCGGUCGACGAGACGGAAACCACAGCCGACCCGGCAGUGGCUGCGAAUCCGGAUGCCAUCGACGUCGACAGCGACGAUGACUGA